UAAAGAAAAAAGAAAAAGCAAAAGGAGGGGGGAUAUGGGAAAGAGGAAUGGUUGAUGAGUCUCUCUGGAUUCUCCUUUUUUUCUCUCUCUAUAAACCCGUUUGAUGGCCGUAAGGCCUCUCCUGCAAUUCAUCGUCUCCACUUCCUUCUCCCACAGGCUCUCUCUCUCCUCCCUCCUCACCGCCUCCCCUUCUCUCUCCUCCUCUAUUCUCUCUCAUCAUCCCUCCCCCGCCCCGCCCCUACCGAUUUUCCUCCGUCGCCUCGCCUCGAGGGCCCCACUCUCCCUUCCCCAACAACAACCGCAUCAACAAAAACACAAAAACAAACAAAAACAGAAACAAAGAUACACGCCGCCGCCGCUGCUACCGCAAUCUCCACAGCAACCGUCGCCCAGCCUCCGGCCGCUGCCGUCGCUAUCCGAAACCCUGGCGCAGAAGAUCGGGAAAUCCGUCCGCCGCUCCGGCGCCCCUUCCAAGGCUAGGGUUUACGCCGACGUCAAUGUGAUCCGCCCAAAGGAGUACUGGGAUUACGAGUCCCUCACCGUCCAAUGGGGGGAGCAGGAUGACUAUGAGGUAGUGAGGAAGGUUGGGAGAGGGAAAUACAGUGAGGUGUUUGAGGGGGUUCACUGCACCAACAACGAGAAAUGUGUUAUCAAGAUCCUUAAACCCGUGAAGAAGAAGAAGAUCAAGAGGGAAAUUAAAAUUCUGCAGAACCUUUGUGGCGGGCCGAACAUUAUAAAAUUGCUUGAUAUUGUCAGAGAUCAGCAAUCAAAGACCCCAAGUCUGAUAUUUGAAUAUGUGAAUAAUACAGAUUUUAAGAUGCUAUAUCCCACACUUUCCGACUUUGACAUACGAUAUUACAUCUAUGAACUCCUUAAGGCACUAGACUAUUGCCACUCCCAAGGUAUUAUGCAUCGAGAUGUGAAGCCUCAUAAUGUCAUGAUUGAUCACGAGCAGCGUAAGCUUCGUCUUAUAGAUUGGGGCCUUGCAGAGUUCUAUCAUCCUGGGCAAGAAUACAAUGUUCGUGUUGCUUCAAGAUACUUCAAAGGCCCUGAGCUUUUAGUUGAUUUGCAGGAUUAUGAUUAUUCUUUAGACUUAUGGAGCCUUGGUUGUAUGUUUGCUGGAAUGAUAUUCCGCAAGGAACCCUUUUUCUAUGGUCACGAUAAUCAUGAUCAACUGGUCAAAAUUGCCAAGGUACUUGGGACGGAUGAGUUAAAUGCUUAUCUCAACAAGUAUAGGUUAGAGUUAGACCCACAUCUAGCUGCCCUUGUCGGGAGACACAGCAGGAAACCUUUGACAAAAUUCAUCAAUGCUGAUAAUCACCAUUUGGCUGUUCCAGAGGCAAUUGACUUCCUUGACAAGUUGCUGCGAUAUGAUCAUCAAGAAAGGCCAACUGCAAAAGAAGCAAUGGCUCAUCCCUACUUUUACCCAGUAAGAAAUGCUGAAAGCAGCAGAACUCGUUCCUAGUGGAUUGAGCCUACCAAAAUAUGGCGCCCUAUUGUCUUGGUGAUGUCGUUAUUGGACUUCACUAAGCUAGUCAAGCUUCAAUUUGCUUAGAAUGCGUUUACGCACUUUUGUUAAGUACGUAGUGAAGUACGCAACAAGCUAGUCAAAGCUUCUUGUGUAUUCUGAUCAAAUUUCUUGUGGGCUUGUAUUCUUGGCAACUAUUUUGACUGCAUUUUGUGUGCUCUGAAAGAGUUGAGAUUUGAAUUAUUUUGUUUGAGGAUUGACAUUGUAUUCUCUUUUAUUUAUUUUUCAUCACCCGUGCAUUCGAGUG